AUGCAGAGUGAAAAAUUAGAACAAAUUGAAGCAGAAGAUUCAUCAAGUAGUUCAUUAGGAGCAGCUUACUUACGUGAUAAAUUUGAAGCUUUUGAAGAUGAAAUUUUUUCUGAGAAUUGAAGUGAAAUAUACGAAUUCAAUAGAAAAGAUAAUACGCCUCCUAUUGGAUCAAUAUCCAAAUCUCAUUGAUCAAAUCAAAUUACACCAUUAAAUUUAUUUAGGGCCAUUUUUUCAAAGAAGAAUUUAUUAUUGAAAUAA